AUGGAGGAGGCCAUGGUGGAAACUAAAGACUGGAAAGUCUCAGUUGCUUCUGCAUUUCCUGCUCAUCAAGAGGCUGUUCAGGAUGGGGAUCACAUAUUCUUAGCCAGAGCAAUCGAAGAAGCUUAUAAGGGUGUUGAAUGUGGAGAUGGUGGCCCGUUUGGGGCAGCAGUUGUUCGUAACGAUGAGGUUGUCGUAAGUUGUCACAACGUGGUUUUGAAGAACGCCCACCCUACCGCUCAUGCGGAAUUGGAUAUAUUUAAUCAGGCCUGCAGGAAGCUAAAUCAAAUCGAACUAUCGGAUUGCGAAAUAUACACCUCUUGUGAGCCUUGUCCCAUGUGCUUUGGAGCCUGCCACCUCACAAGAAUUAAAAGGUUGGUCCACGGAGCAAAGGCCGAAGCAGCCAUAGCAAUCGGGUUCGACGACUUCAUUGCAGACGCGCUAAGGGGUACCGGUUACUAUCAAAAGGCUCAGUUGGAGAUUAAAAAAGCCAAUGGUACCGGAGCUGUUACCGCUGAACAAGUUUUCGAGAAGACGAGGGCAAAAUUUCCAAUGUAUUGA